AUGCUCAACUGGUCGCGCGUCCUCUUCUCGUAUCGCCCUGUCCAACCAUUGUCGAUUCGUAUAUACCGAAACCAAUUCCUCCAGCUAUCAACAAUGCCUCCGAAAAGAAAGGCCGAUACACCGGAGCCCAAUGCCUCUCACACCAGCAAGAAGGGCCGGCCCGACCUGCGCCAGCCGCACCCCAACGCAAAGCAGGCAGAGGACUUUGGAAUUGUCCUCCGCGAGUUCUAUCCGCCGGAGAUGAGCAACGAACGGUGUCACGCAUACACCAAUGGCGAACUGGAACGCCCAAUUGAGACGUUGAAGAAAGCUUGCCAGGAAACCGCGGAGACGCGUCAAUCGGUUGAGGUGGGCAGUGCCGUUGUGCACUGGUUCAAGAGCGAUCUCAGACUCCAUGACAACAGAGCUUUGUAUGCUGCCUACGAGACCGCCAAGGAGCAUCAGGUUCCUCUGAUCGGUCUCUAUAUCGCCUCUCCUCAGGAUUGGACCGCACACUCCACUAGCCCUGCACGUGUGGAUUUCACCCUGCGGACCUUGCAGCGCCUGCAGCAGGAUCUGGGGGAACUUGAUAUUCCCCUGUACAUGGAGACUCAGGAGAAGCGCACGGCGAUCCCGGGUCGCGUCGUGGAACUGUGCGAGGAAUGGGAAGCCAAACACCUCUAUGCUAAUAUUGAGUACGAGGUUGAUGAGCUUCGACGGGAAGCAAAGAUCGUCCGAGCUGGCGCAGACAAGGGAAUCGAUGUCGAACUCAGCCAUGAUACCUGUGUGGUGACUCCAGGUCAAUUGGAGACUGGAGCCGGGAAGCAAUAUGCGGUCUAUACGCCAUGGUACAGAUCAUGGCUGGCAUUCUUGAAGGAGAACCCUGAUUACUUGGAAACGUCUGAAGAACCAGGUUCCAACCCCGGCAACGCGCGACAGAAAUUCAAGGAUCUAUUUGACUCGAAGAUUCCGGCAACCCCAAAGACGCAUGCGCUGUCGGAGGAUGAGAAGAAGCGGUUUGAGAAGAUGUACCCUGCAGGCGAACACGAGGCUUCGCAGCGACUCGACAAGUUCUUGGAAGAGAAGGUGCGGCAGUAUGAGGAGCAGAGAAGUACUCUGCCCGGCGAGCAUACCUCUGUGCUCAGCCCGUACUUUGCAUGCGGAGCACUGAGCGCGCGCACGGCUGUCGCAACAGCGAAACGGAUCAACAAAGGACAUCUCGACCGCUAUGACCAGGGAUUCAUGACCUGGAUUAGUGAAGUCGCUUGGCGUGAUUUUUACAAACAUGUCUUGGCAAACUGGCCAUUCAUCUGUAUGAACAAAUGCUUCAAACCCGAGCACACCAACAUUGAAUGGGAGUAUGACCAAGAGAUUUUCCAAGCCUGGUGCGACGGGAAGACUGGGUUCCCGAUUGUGGACGCCGCUAUGCGUCAACUCCGUCAUUGCGCCUGGAUGCACAACCGUACUCGUAUGGUGGUGUCCUCAUUCCUGACUAAGGAUCUGAUGCUUGACUGGCGUCGCGGGGAGAGGUACUUCAUGGAGAAUCUGAUCGAUGGAGACUUCGCGUCCAACCACGGCGGAUGGGGAUUCGGAUCCAGCACUGGUGUCGACCCUCAACCCUAUUUCCGCAUCUUCAACCCUCUCCGCCAGAGUGAGCGAUUCGAUCCGGAGGGCGAGUACAUCCGGCAUUGGCUGCCCGAGCUCCGUGAUGUUUCGGGCAAAGCCAUCCAUGAGCCAUACGCGCGGGGUGCGGCAGCCAUUGCGCAGAAGAAUGGUUAUCCCAAGCCCAUUGUAGAUCACGCGGAGAGUAGGAAUCGGGCGUUGGAGAGGUUCAAGAGUGGGCUGCAGAAAUAA